GACGCGGGAGACAGAGAGGCCAGAGCCAGGAACUGGACGGGACGGGACAAGGGCAGCGACAGGCACACAGAGCAGGAUAAGAUGCUGCCUCCCGGCUCCAGCUGCCGCCUUCACCACCGCCCCCUCCUCCUGCUCCUGCUCCUCCUCCUCCUCCUGCUGGUCCAGGAGCCGCGCCCAGGCCAGGCCGUCGGGGCUGCAGGCACACAGGGGAGUAGAGGCCGGAGCCGCCCAGGGGGACAGGCCCGCCUUGCAGCUGCCUGCCGCCGCUGCUGCUCUGGGCGCCCGCCACGCUCGGGCCCCUGUCCUAGAGCUGCCUGUUCGUCUCCGCAGUGCCCGCCUGGGGAGCAGUGUGGAGCUUCUCAGCUGUGCCCCUGUCGGCCCAGCUGUCGGGCAGUUCGGGCCCCCCGGGCUACAGCAGCCCCCACCCCCAGCCCUGUGCCAGGCACCCGUAGAGAAGCCUCCCUUACCUGGCAGCCCCUGACGCUGCAGGAGGCCCGGGCUCUGCUGCAGCGCCGCGGACCCCGAGGGCCCGGACACAGGGGCCUUCUGAGGCUAAGCCGCCAGCUGGAGAGAGCGGCCGCUGCUCCUGCCCGGGCCCCUGGGCGAGAGCUGAGGGACCCCGGUAUCCGGCCCCUCUCCCAAGGUGGCUCCGUGACAGCGGGCGUGGGGGAGGGAGUCUUGUGUCCACUCUUGUGCCACAACGGAGGUGUGUGUGUGAAGAAGGACCGCUGCCUCUGCCCCCCAGACUUCGCGGGCAAGUUCUGUCAGCUGCCUGCCUCUCGCACGCGCCACGAGGCUCCCCCACCCCCCGCGCCCGGGGUCACCAAGUCGGUGUACACGCUGCCUCUGGCCAACCAUCGGGAGGAAGAGGACGGCGUGGCGUCCCUGGUGAGCGUGCACGUGGAACACCCACAGGAAGCCUCAGUCAUUAUCCACCAAGUGGAGCGUGUGAGCGGCCCGGGGCCCAGCCUGGGUCCGGCGGAGGCCCGGGCCUCGGGAGUGCCUCCGGACCGCGCAGCCCUGUACACCGUGCUGGCCCAGAGCCGCCCUCGGGGGGAGGAGGAAGAGGGCGGUGGUUACACCGACGCCUCGGGCUUCGGCUACUGUUUCCGCCAGCUGCGGGACGGCGAGUGCGCGUCCCCUCUGCCAGGCCUGCGAACCCAGGAGGUGUGCUGUCGAGGAGCUGGAUUGGCCUGGGGCGUGCACGACUGCCAGCCCUGCUCGGAGCACCUGAGCAGCCUAGGCCAGGCGGGAUCCCCGGACUCGGCGUGCCCCACAGGCUUUGAAAGAGUCAACGGCUCCUGCGCCGAUGUGGAUGAGUGCGCUGAGCCAGGGCGGUGCCAACACGGGGAGUGCGCGAACACGCGCGGCGGCUACACGUGCGUGUGCCCCGAUGGCUACCUGCUAGAUUCGUCCCGGAGCAGCUGCAUCUCCCAGCAUGUGAUCUCAGAGGCCAAGGGUCCCUGCUUUCGGGUACUCAGGGCUGGAGGCUGCUCGCUGCCCAUCCUGCGCAAUAUCACCAAACAAAUCUGCUGCUGUAGUCGGGUGGGCAAGGCCUGGGGCCACAGCUGCCAGCUGUGCCCACCUUUUGGCUCAGAGGGCUUCAGGGAGAUAUGCCCAGCUGGCCCUGGCUACCAUUACUCAGCCUCUGACCUCAGAUACAACACUCGCCCCCUGGGCCAGGAACCACCCCGAGUACCCAUCAGUCAGCCCCGGGUACCCCCACCCGUCACCCCAGCACCCCCUGUCUGGGUCCCCACAGCUGUCUGGAACUACCCACCUACUUCCCGUCCAGAAUCCAGACCCAGACCCAGACCCAGACCCUGGCCCCAGCCCCAACCCAGGCCCGAAGAACCCCUGCCCACUGUCCCCAUUCAGCCAAGCCCGGAACUCCCUGAAAGAGGCCCAGUGGCAGGGGGUGUGUGUCAGCGGAACCCCCAGAUCUGUGGCCCAGGGCGGUGUAUCCCCCGCCAGGGUGGUUACACGUGUGUGUGUGACUCUGGCUUCUGGCUCAGCACCCAUGGCACACACUGCAUCGAUGUGGAUGAGUGCAGGCAGAUACCUCGGCCCUGUGCCCACGGGCGCUGCGAGAAUUCAGCAGGCAGCUACCGCUGUAUCUGUGCCCCUGGUUUCCGUGCCAGUCCACAGGGCACUGAAUGUCAGGAUGUGGAUGAAUGUACCCAGCAGCCCUGCACCAAUGGCCGGUGUGAGAACACUCCCGGCAGCUUCCUGUGUGUUUGCCCAGCUGGGUACAAGGCUGCCCCCCAUGGAGCGGGCUGCCAAGACGUCAACGAAUGUGCCCAGAGCCCGGGCCCCUGUGGCUGGGGCCACUGUGAAAACCUGCCUGGCUCUUUCCGAUGCUCCUGCCCACCUGGCUUCCAAGGCCCUGAGUGUGAAGAUAUAGAUGAGUGCGCCCGGGACCCCCCUCCCUGUGGGCCAGGACGUUGUGACAACACAGCUGGAAGCUACCACUGUGCCUGCCCCGCCGGAUACCGCUCCCACGGGCCUGGCGCACCAUGUGUUGAUGUGGAUGAAUGCCAGCGAAGCCCCCCACCUUGCAGCUACGGGCGCUGUGAGAACGUGGAGGGGUCCUACCUGUGUACCUGUCCCACGGGCUUCCGGCUCAAUGCAGCGGGCCAGGCUUGUGAGGAUAUAGACGAAUGUGAAAAUCACGUAGCCUGUCCCGGGCAGGAAUGUGUCAAUUCGCCAGGGUCCUUCCAGUGCCGGGCUUGUCCCGCGGGCCACCGACUCCUCCAGGGGCGCUGCACCGACGUGGACGAGUGCAGUUCGGGUGCACCCUGUGGACUCCACGGGCACUGCACCAACACGGACGGUUCCUUCCGUUGCAGUUGUGAGCCUGGCUACCGGCUUCCACCAGGAGGGAGAUCCGGUCCCUGUGCAGACGUGAACGAGUGCCUGGAGGGAGACUUUUGCUUUCCCCAUGGGGAAUGUCUCAACACUGACGGCUCCUUCGCCUGCACAUGCGCACCGGGUUACCAGGCAGGGCCCCGCGGCUCUUCCUGCCUCGAUGUGGAUGAGUGCCGAGAUGAAAGUCUAUGCCAGGGAGGCCUUUGCACCAACACGGACGGCUCCUUCGAGUGUGCCUGUCCUCCGGGAUACCGUGCCAGUCCCGACCUGACGUCCUGCAAUGAUGUGGACGAGUGCAGAGAAGGAGGCUCUGCCCUGUGCGGGAACCAGCGCUGUGAGAACUCCCCAGGCUCCUAUCGCUGCGUCCGUGACUGCGACCCGGGUUACCAUGCGGGUCCGGAAGGCAACUGUGAUGAUGUAGAUGAGUGCCGGGAAUAUGGGCCGGCCCUGUGCGGGGCCCAGCGUUGUGAGAACACCCCAGGCUCCUACCGCUGUGUCCCCUUCUGUGACCCGGGAUACCAAUCCACGCCCAGUGGCGGCUGCCAGGAUGUGGAUGAAUGCAGGAACCGAAGCUUCUGCGGGGCCCAUGCCAUGUGUCAGAACCUGCCAGGCUCCUUCCAGUGUCUCUGUGACCAGGGCUACGAGGGAGCCAGGGACGGGCGCCACUGUGUGGAUGUGAACGAGUGUGAGACGCUCCAGGGCGUGUGUGGGGCGGCACUGUGUGAGAACGUGGAGGGCUCCUUCCUCUGCGUCUGCCCCACAAGCACCGACGAAUUCGACCCCAUGACUGGGCGCUGCGUCCCCCCGAGGCCCCCUGCCAGGGGGAGUCCUCAGCUGCCCGCCAGCCCAGGGCUCCCCGCUCGCCCCCCACCUCCCCCGGCUCCUCCCCGUCGGCCUGUGGCCCCAAGGCCGGGCCCUGGCCCCGGGACUGGCAGCGGAAGGCGGGAGUGCUAUUACGACACCGGGGCCCCCGAUGCCUGUGACAACAUCCUGGCGAGGAACGUCACCUGGCGGGAGUGUUGCUGCACCGUGGGCGAGGGCUGGGGGAGCGGCUGCCGCAUCCAGCAGUGUCCAGGCCCGGAGACAGCGGAAUACCAGUCUCUGUGCCCACACGGCCGGGGUUACCUAUCCCCCCCUGGAGACCCCAGCAUCCGGAGAGAUGUGGAUGAGUGCCUGUUGUUUGGGGACCAGGUGUGCAAGAGUGGGGUGUGCGUGAACACGGCCCCUGGCUACUCCUGUUACUGCAGCAACGGCUACUACUACCACACGCAGAGGCUGGAGUGCAUCGACAACGAUGAGUGCACCGACGAAGAAGAGGCUUGUGAAGGUGGCCAAUGCGUCAACACCAUGGGCUCCUACCACUGCACCUGUGCCCCUCCGCUGGUGCUGGACGGCUCCCGGAGGCGCUGUGUGACCAAUGACAGCCAGAGUCUGGAUGACAACCUGGCUGUGUGCUGGCAGGAGGUAGGACCAGACCUGGUGUGUAGCCGCCCACGACUGGACCGCCAGGCCACGUAUACAGAGUGCUGCUGCCUGUACGGGGAGGCCUGGAGCAUGGACUGUGCUCUGUGUCCCGCCCGAGACUCAGAUGACUUCGAGGCCCUGUGCAACGUUCUUCGCCCACCAGCCUAUGGCCCAGCCCGCCCAGGAGGCUUCGGGAUUCCCUACGAAUACGGACCAGACUUUGGCCCGGGCUACGGGGGUCUCCCCUAUGGGCCAGAGCUGUACCCACCCCCGCCAGCGCCCGUGCCCGGCCUGGGCUACGACCCUUACCCCCCUCCUCCGGGCACCCUGCCUUUCCCCGGCCCGGGGAGCCCCUACGGCCCGCCGCCCUUCGAGGUGCCCGACUUUGCCUCGGUCGCUGCCGGAGCCUAUGGGGAGUCUGAGGGCCGCCCGUCUCCCGACUCUGCUGCCCGCUGGCGCUAUCGGCCCCGGGACACAGGCGGCUCCUUCCCGGAGCCUGAGGAGGAAGAGGAAGAGGAGGCCCGAGCCCCUUUUGCUGCUGCCCGCUACGAGCCCUUCGAGGGGCUGCAGGCAGAAGAAUGUGGCAUCUUGGAUGGCUGUGACAACGGCCGCUGCAUCCGUGUCCCCGAGGGCUACACCUGUGACUGCUUCGAUGGCUACCGGCUGGAUAUGACCCGAAUGGCCUGCGUGGACAUCAACGAGUGUGAGGAGGCCGAGGACCGGGCGUCGCUGUGCGUGAACGGGUGGUGCCGCAACUCCGAGGGCUCCUUCCGCUGCCUCUGCCAGGCGGGCUACGUGCCGUCCCACCAGCCUCGCCACUGCGUCCCUGCCCACUCCCAGGCCUGAGCCGGCUCAGCCCCGGAGAGCCUGCUUCCAUCAGGGCUGCGGCCCCAGGCCAGCCCCAUCUACUGUAUCUCCCCUCCCCACCACUCUGCACACCGGCUUCACCUCACUCGUCUGCCCCAACGCACAGGGACACGUGACUGGAUGGAGAGAGGGUGGAGGGACAGACGGACGCCCCUGCAGACACAUGCCCAGCGCCUCAGCCCGGGGCCCUGAGGGAGGCCCAGAGCCAUGAGGACCCGAGUCCCGGCUUCUCCCCUCCCUCCUUUCCCCCUGAAAGCCCCCUUUUUUCAAUAAAGUUCCUUUUUCUA